AUGGCGCAGGAGUUCUCUGACUUUGUUCUGGAUGAAGGUCUCGACGACGACGAAGACAUCUUGGCUUUCCAUUCGAAUCGUCAGCGUGGUGGGGGCGGCUAUGCGGAGACUGCGGGCACUCCUCAGCCCAAUGCGUCACCUACCACUCCAACAACCCCGCCUCCAUCAUCCCCGCCCGACCUACCUCCUCAGACAACCACUGUAAUUAUCGAUGGCAUGCCGCCUACCUCAUCACGACCUGAUCUUGACGCCUUCUUUUCUGCAUGCGGUGGCAAGAUUCUUUCCUUGCAGCUUCGUCGAAUAGAAGCCAGCAACAUACUACGUGCGCGCAUCAAGUUUGACAGCGAGGAAGCAGCUGCGUCUGCUUUACAGCGCGACGGCCAAGUCUUUCCUCGAUCAGAUCUAGCUGUGAGUGUCAAACCAGCCUCGAUGGAGCGCUGGAAUGAUGGUUGCGGAUCUCAAAGGGGUAAUGGUGCACCGGGCGCGACACUCACUUCGCCGACAAAUUCUAUCAUGCAGAUGUUGCCUGACACAAAUGCGGUCACGUCAGGGUUCUGGUCUGCUUUCAGUGCAGCUCGGUCCGCGGCAGAAAGACUUGAGGAGAAAGCGACCAAGCUUGGUGAGCAACUGGAAGAGAAGCUGCACCUGUCAGAAAAAGUAGAUGAAACUCGUGAUGCCCUGGUUGAAGUAGAUAGGAAGUUACAGGUUUCAGAAAAGGUUGGCAAAAUGGCCGUAGCUGGGAAAUCUGCCGCACAAGGUAUUGAUGAGACGUACGGAAUCUCAAAACAAGUGGGCAAAGUGGCGGCGGAUGUAGGAUCCGCAGCGAGAACUAUGGCAAGCGAAGUCGACGAAGAUUUUCAUCUAUCGGAAAAGGCGAGAGUCGCAACAAAUCUGGCAUUGCAAAAUGACACAGUAGGGCCAGCAGUUCGAUCUAUCGUGGAUAAUUUUGGGGCAACGCCGACCGGGGAAGCUGCACCUUCGCCAAGGAAAGAUGGUGUUAGGAGGAAAAAGAACUAUCAGCCAAGCGGUGUUGAACAGAACGCUGUUCAAACACAACUACCUGGAGCCAAUGAAUAGCCUGAAGAUAGAGAAGUAAGCAGGUAAGGCACUGGAGUAGUUACCUGCCCAUGUACCAUAUUCGAACAUUCCACCGGCCCUAUUUUCCGUUCAUGUAUCCCUAUGUUUCUCGAGCAAUCCAAGCUCACGCAAUCGUUCAAAAAAUAUAUGAUCAACUUGACGCAAUGCUGCCU